GGACAACAAUCCAGUCCUAGCAUUCUGCGAUUCCAAGUGGAUUUGGUUUUUACACUUUUUGCGGAGAAACAACACCCACGACUUCCUCUUCUCUAGACGGUUUCUUCCGCUCUCUGUUUCCUUCUUAAGAUCUGUUCCUCUUUCUUCUUUCAAUCGUUUGAAGGUUUAUUCUAGGGCUCUUUUACGAGAAGCAGACUAUAAAGGUAAAUAUUCUACUCUAAGUUUUGUGUGUUCUGUGAAGACCUACACGUUGAUUGCGCAUAACUUAGAUGAUCUCCCUCUCUCUGUGAUUUAAAGCCUUGUAAUCGGAGAGUGAUUCCGGAUGAACAAUUAAGACUUAUGUGAUGCUAGUUGUUGACAAUUCUUACAGAUCCUAGACCCAUCCCAUGCGUUAUAUGUAGGUUUGUCUUGAUUUAUACCCUAAUAGUUUGAUUAAUAGUAUUUCCCAAUACAGUUACCAUAUCACUUACCAAUUCAUGGACUCAUUACAUAUUCUGAGCACUAGUCAGUGAUUCUCCAAGAUCGAUCUGUUGGGGCAUAGUGAAAUUUUCUCAGUUUUAUAGAGGAUCACACAAAAUUGAUUUGAGUAUGUUGAUUUCUAUGAGGUUUACCGUCAAUUAUCAAUUACGAGGGGUGAUGUAAUCAGUUAUUAGAUUUCCUUUUUCUUUUUUUAGUUUCUUGUGCUUGCAAUUGUUUGUUUGUUCAAAAUGCUAGUUUUGUUUGCUGCUUGCUUUAGUUGAUAUUUAUUUAAUCUCUUCGUUUGUCAUUUAUAUGUGGUUUUGCCAAGGAUGCCCAAAGUUCAGAGAAAUUUUGUCAAGCCUGGGUGUAGUUCUUAGAGGCUGACAAAAUAUGAGAUGGACAGACAGAGAAACGUUGGACGAGACUCAGCAGUGCUAUCUGCUUUGGGAUUAAAGACCAUGUCAAAGGCAUUAUUUGGUUCAAAUCUGACAGCCAAGGAAAAAACUAUCAAGGAGGGAAAGAGCAAGAUGGAUUGUUGCAAUGAUGAUGAGGAGUAUCAAUUGUGUGAGGAUGAGGAAGGGAUGAGCUCUCGCGAAGAUGUUGCAUCUUCCAGGUUUCAGGCAAAUAAGGUUAUCCUUUUAAUAUGGCGACUGUUGUGUUCACUUGGUUUCAUUUAUAUCCAUCAUCAUUUUGCUGCUGUCAGACUGUGUGCCUAACAUCGUCAGUGGGAUUAUCUAUAGCUUUUUAAAAAAUCUUUUAUGGCAAUUU